CCUGUUUGUCAAUGUCAAAGUUAAACAAAGUCAAAAGGUGCAUUUUGUGAUGUGAUUGUUUUUUGUUAAUAAAAUACAAAACUUAAUACAGUAACGUACUAUUUACUUGUGUAUUUUGAUAUUUAUCUAUCAUAAACAUGAAAACUCCAAAAUCAUCGGACAGUGAAGAAGUUACGCCGUCAAAAAAAGUUUUAAAACAAGCACGUCUUCCAUUCAAAACUUUGAGUGAAGUGUCGCCGAAACCUAUAACUCCUCCAUCUAGAAAACGAAAAUUGUCUGCCCCUGAGCCCGAACCAGAUACUAAAGUGGGUAAAAUACCAAAACAAAAUAGUCAAGAAGACCCUAUAUUAGUGAUAAGCGACGAUGAUAGCAAUACCGCGACAGAAGUUAAAAAAGUCCCCGUACACCUCAAUCCCAUGGUGAAACUAGUAGAUACUGCAUGGAAAAAGAAAUUGCAGAAGUCUAAAGGUGCUAAGAAGAGGAAAGGAGGUGCGAAAAGCUCUAAAACAGUUACUGUACAAAACGGUUCUGUAAAAAAUGAUGAGAAUUGCGAUGGGAAUGAAAGUGAUAAAGUUGAGUGUUUGGAAGAGAUGGAUAUUGAUGAGGCAGAUGACACAGAUAAAGAUGUCACUAAAAAAGAGGACACAAAAAAAGAGGCAAUAGAAAAACUAACAAACGUCACAGAAAAUAAUAUUAUAGAUAUAGAUAAUAACUCAAAUAGCAUAGAUAAUGUGACUAAAAGUGAUGAAACCAAACCCAAUGUUCCUUCAGAGGAAUCUGAUGGUUCUACAGAUAGUAAUAGUGAUGUCAAUAAAUCUCAUAAACAUAGUCCCAAGAAACAAAAUGCAGAGAGAGACCAGGAGGACAUAGACUUAAAAGAGAUAGAAGAACAAGAUACAAGUGCCAAAUCUCCCAAAAGGAGUGUGAGAAUCAAAACAAAAAUUGAAGACAAUAAAAACUUAGACACUUCAGUUGUUAGUAAUUGUGAUGAAUCACUCAGUUCUGAUCCAUCUACUCCUAGGCGUUCAAACCGAAAAGGAUCUCUUACAAAUAGUCAAGGAGAUGUAUCUAUGAAUAGUUCAACAAACACAAAUUCAACACCAAAGCGAGUGCAAAAAAAAUUAGAAUCUGCUAAGAAAAAAGAAGAGAGAGAAAAGGAACGAUUAGAGCGUGAGAAAAAGAAACAACUAGAAAAAGAGGAAAGGGAAAAGCAGAAACGAGAAAAAGAUGAACAGAAAAAACGGGAAAAGGAAGAAAAAGAGGAAGCGAAAAAGAAGGAAAGAGAGGAAAAAGAGGAGCAGAGAAGGAAAGAAAAAGAGGAGAAGGAAAAACAGAAAGAGUUAGAAAAAAAAAUAAGAGAAGAAAAGGAAGAACAAAAGCGCAAAGAGAAGGAAGAAAAGGAGGAACAGAGAAGAAAGGAGAAAGAAGCCAGAGAAGACGAAAAGAAAAAAAAGCAAGAAGCAUUAGAACAAGAGAAACUGGAGCAAGAGCAAAAGAAAAAGAAAGCAGCAGAGGCCUUUGUUUCGUUCUUUGUUCCAAAACAAAAAGCUGAAAAGGAGUCAGUUACUACCAAUUGUGUCAGCAAAAACAAUAUGUUAUCAAGUUUCACAAUCAAAUCUGAUAUGAGAUUAGCUCCCACCACUAGAGUUAGUUUGAAUGAUGAUAGUAAGAAAACUUUAGACAAUUUGUUGCUAGAACAAAAUGUCUCAGAGACGUCACUGUAUAUAAAAAGUUUGAAGGAUGGUUCAAGAAAGCCUUUGACUGAUGGAAAAACUUGGCCGUUGACUGAUAAGGAUGAUGACGAUGUUAUGAUUGUUGAAGAUGAACUACCACCACCAGUGGACAGUGUAAGUCAGAUCAUCACAUGUGACUCAGCACCACAUGAGAAACUCCGUCCCAAACUGUUGGCAUUCCACGACAACCGGAGACCACCAUACUGGGGUACCUGGAGGAAGAAAAGUUCCUUUAUUAAGCCAAGGCAACCUUUCAAGACUGAUGAGAAGCUCCUAGACUAUGAAGUGGACAGUGACGAGGAGUGGGAGGAAGAGCAAGACGGUGAAAGCCUCGACGGCAGCGCUGCGGGCAGCGAAGACGAGCAAGACGCCGACGAGUACGAGGUUGACAAUGAAGUGUUUGUGCCCCAUGGGUACUUGAGUGAUGAGGAAGCAACCUUGGACGAAGACGAUGUACAAUCCCUUUCGCCAGAAACACAGAAAGCCAGACUCAAGCACUUAGAAGACGAGUUUGAAAAUGAAAUGAAAAAGCCUACGGAAAAGCUAAAACCUUGGUUCUAUGGCUUAUCUUGGGAGACAGAAGAUGGAGGGAAACCAGAAAAAUGUGCCGAUGCUAUAUGGGAUUAUUUCGGAAAAUUCUCUAUGAUUAUGAAUGACCCAACCCCAUUGUUACAACCUGCAAAUGAAAGUGUAGAGCCAGAGAAAAAGAAGGUAAAAAAGAAAAAGAUAGAUGGUGAACAACAAAGUCCCAAAACUGAAAAGAAAAAGAAAUCAAAACCAACAGAUGAUAAAGAUGGGAAAAAAUCGAAAAUAGAUAAUAAAAAAGCAAACCAAGAGGUAUUGAAAAAUCAGCCUGGCAUAAACACUUUUCUGAAAAAAUUAAAGACUUCGUGAACAUGUUUUACAAUAUUUUUAAAUAUUUAAUUUCUAGAUUUUUAAAUGUUUAUUUAAGAUGCAGUGCAGCCUUUUAAGUGCACUGUAUAUGUACAUUAUAAUAGAAUAUAAUAUAAAUGUUUUUAUUUGAAUAAAAAAUACAAAGUGGGUACUUUCGAAUUGCCAAGUAAAUCUACCACUGAUUAAAAAUUCUCUUCCUACAAAGAACUGGCAAGAAAAUCGGUUCUUGCCUUUAAAAAAGAGUCUACGGAUGGAACAGUCA